AUGAAUGGCGGUGAUCUCAAGUUUCACAUUCACAACAUGGGCAGCACUCCGGGAUUCCCGGAGAGCCGAGCACGCUUCUACGCGGCGGAGAUUACGCUCGGUCUAGAGCAUCUUCACUCGCUUCGAAUAGCCUAUCGGGACCUGAAACCCGAAAAUAUUCUCAUUGACGACCAAGGUACGUUCUGCCACCGUUAGUUCUCUUGAUCUCCGUCAGCGACUGUUCACAACACAAAUUAACGCCCAGUUGUGUGGUGUUAGAGGAGGAGUCGCCUCUCUGACAAUCAUCUUGGAUAAAUCUGCGAAUCCUUUUCCUAUGAGCUCCCGACCUGCUGUUUCCCAAAACUUUAAUUACCUGAUCUGUCCCUUCGCGCAAUGUGAUUUACGCUUUUCUGUUCGGAUGUAAAGACCAAUUUUCUUUACAGUCCGCUCUCUAUGGGGACAGAAAUUUGUAGGCUUACCCUUUAAACUCAAUGGACUACAAUUGCAAGCUCGUGGGUUCCGCAGUAUAGACGAAAGAUAUGAGUCCUUGUCCUAACUCUAAAUCCCUAAACGAAGCAGAAUGCCUAGUUGGAGUUGCAGACGCGAACACUACGCCGACCUUGCGUCCUAUUUAAUGGCCUGCGAGCAUUUCUGGGAAGCGUCCUUCAGACAUCUAUCUUUCCAAAGUUAGAAAAACUGCUACCUGGGUAAGAAGCUACUUUAUACUUUUUUGGAAGUCGUUUUUUACUAGGGUGGGUUAAUAUAAACAGUGUGCACAGUUACUUUGUGGAAAUAAGGGCCGUUUUGAAAAUUCUUACUAAAAACUCAAAAUUGUUUGAAUUUCGCGAAGUUGGGGUUCAAACAUCCUUCUCAAACACGACUUGCGUUUCUUAAUUUAUCUAGUGCUUCAAGCACGUAGGGCAUGCAUGCCUACUUGCAAACACUUUGUAAUGACAACAUUCUGCCUGACUUGGAAACCCUAUUCUUCCACUUGUCAUUGCUCUCAAUGUCCGGGCGUGGUUUAGGAAGCCAACUUUUCGGGCGCUGGAAUCUCGAUCAAUGACAAGUUAAUUUAUCGCCCCACUUUUGCUGUCGUCAUCCUUGUUGUCCGGGCCGUUUAGGAUUUGACUUACUCCUCACCCACACGGUCCUCAUAUGUUAGUCAACAUUAUGUGAACCGUGGAAAAAGAAAAGCUGGUGGCGCAGAUGCUUAUUUCUUAUUCAGCCUGUAGUUUUCUUUACAAAAAAUGCUGCUUACCGUUGACAUUUAAACUCGUCAAAUUGGCAAUUUAUGAGAUACACGGAUCGACUAGAAAGCCAUCUAUGACGUUUAACCAUAAGCUCAAACUUGGCAAAUGUCGACCUAACCGUGAGUAUUUAUUUUUAAACGAAGACUAAAAGUAGGUUGGUAGAGUACAGAAUGCAUGUAUAUGCAUAGGGACGGUUUUUUUUUCAAAAAUAGACCACUUAAACGGACCUAAGACAGGAAUUCGAGCUAAUCAGGUCACCGGUUAAUUGGGUCGACGGCCUUGAGAGCACAAGCAGGCCCCGCGUGGCACCACGGAUUCCAUCUGCCAUGUGGCUUAGGUGAACAGGGGAUUGUCCCGAAUCAGGAUUCAGGAAGACAGGGCUUAGUGAAGAGUUUGCCUUCUAGAAAGACAAAGAGAUAACCCGUUGCUUGGAAGCUCUGACAAGUGGUUUGGGUAGAGGAGGAGAGCCUGACAAUUGAGGGCCGCUGAAGCGGAGGUGGACGUUGGGGGGGGGGGGGGGGGGG